UGUGUGAGCACGUUCGUACUUGGGCGAUCAGGAUAUACGAUAUAGCUGAAAGUAAAGUAAAUAGCUACGAAUCGAAAGCCGAAUCGAAACUGAUUGUGAGGAGAUAAACAUGACUACCAGCGCUGAGGAAUUGAAAAGGGCACUACAAACCAGGCAGAUUGAUAAUUUAGCUCCAAAACCCUUUGGAACUCAUUCAACCUCCUUUAAAGGACGCAGUGUUACAGGCAACGGUACUACACAAACUCAAGGUGUGGGACCACAGUUGACAUCUAAUGACUUGUCAAAACACAAACUAAAACCAGUUUCAAGCUCAAAUAGUGUAGUAAAGGAAGAAAAACCAGAUGAGUCAAAUGUGCCAGAAUUUCUUAAACAUCGACUAAAAUCUCCUGCUGAAAGAAAAGCAGCUGCUGCACAAAAAGACAAUGCUCAAAAAACUAUUUCAAACGCAUUAGGUAAGAAACCUCUCGCUUCUCAAAAGCCCACAAUAAAACCAAAAGUAGUACCAAAGCUGCCAUAUAAAGAGGAAAAGAAAGAUAUUGUGAGUAGUGAGAAAAGCAAUAAUUCUGAUAAUAAUGACGAAUCUGAUGGAAUUACUAAAAUUAGGUCAGGAUCUGUUCGCAACAGUGUGAAUUUUUUUAAAGAAAUUGAUCAAAAAGCACAUCCAAAUCCCCCACCUAAGGCUCCUGUUAAACCACCAAUUAAACCAAAAUUUAACAUUGUAAAAGAUCAACCUGUUCGUGUUCAAGAAGAACAAGAAGAAGAGAAUUACGAUGAUGUGGUGGAAAUAAUCAACAAAGGGACAGAUCAUAAAACUGUUGUGCAGGAAAGUGUUGAAACGGCUGGGAGUAAUAAUUGUGAGGAAGAAUGUUACUACGAUGAUGUUGAUCCCGAUUCUUUUCCACAAUAUAAUCCGCAAAGACCAUGUGAGCAGUCAACUUCAGAAUUAUACGAUGAUGUAUGUAAUGGUGACAAUAAUGAUGAAAUAUACGAUGAUGUUUGUGAAGAAGUGUUAUCACCUUGUGAACCAGCAAGUAAGACACUGUCAAGUGUAAACACGGCUGUGAGAAGCAGCGAGUUGCAACAAGAAACAAAAAGUGAUUUUACCCCAGUUAAAUUACCGAAAACAUUUUCAUAUAUUGAUCCAGACAAAUUAAUUCCACCAUUCGGUUUGGACAAAUGGCUGAAAGCUAUUUUACAUUCCAAUCAAUCAAAAUUGAAAGAUUUUGCAAAUUUUACAACUCAAGGUGACGACACAGCUGUUAAAAUGAUACCUACUGAAGAUGAUGAGAUAACAGAUGAAAUUUAUGAUGAUGUUGCAGGGCCUGCUGCUCCUGUGAAGGAAGUCAGUGAUAGCCCAAAAUUGGACUCUAAGUCUGCGAAAGAACGUAAGAAAGAAGAAAAAGAAAAAGCAGAUCGUGAGAAAAGAGAAAAGCGUGAAAAAGAGAAAAAAGAAAAAAAAGAAAAGGAAGAAAAAGAGAAGGAGAAGAAAAGACGUGAAAAAGAGUACAAACAAUUCAAUUUGAAUCCUGAUCUUGCUCUACCAUUAAUUGGCACAGUCAUGUGUAAGGUGGAUUACAAACCGAAAGGAAAGACAGAUUUGACAUAUCAAAUUGGUGAUGAAAUCAAUAUUAUUAACGUUCCAAACGAAUCAUGUCCAAAUGGUAAAAUGUUGGUACAACAUUGUGGUACAGGAAGAAUCGGCUAUGUUUUACGUCAAGAUUUUGGAAUGGAACUUCCACCUGAGGAUCAUAGAUCGCGCAGUGUGAGUCUCAUUCCAACGGAAGACGAUUUGGAAGAAGUUCAAGAAACAUAUGAAGAAAUCAACGUUCAUCAAGCACCCCCUGUUCCUGAAACACCACGCCCUCAUUUACGCCCGGAAGCACCUAUUGAGGAAGACAUGUAUAACGAUAUUGCAGAUGAACCGGCGGAAGAUAUUUAUGAAGAAAUUUAAACGGAUUGUGCUGGAUGUGAGAAGCCAUCUUGGAAUGCUUCGAGUCGGGUAGAAAACAUAUUGUCGAUACUAGAAAAAAAAAACGUCUCGGAAUUCAUUGUCGGUCUAGCAGACCAUUUAGUAGAUUUAUUUUCUACACAAUUUUUGUGAAUUAUUUAAACACUUCCUACGUGUAUAUUAUAUAUGAUAUUUUAAAGGGAAGAAAUUAUAGUGGGAAAUUUUGCGGAAAAUGGCGAAAUUUAAUUUGGCGGAUCCAAUUGGGGAAAAUUAGUGUUUUUAAAAUGGAUUGGAGAGGGAAAGUUGAUUAGAUCCAUCACAAGCCCACACAAAUACGAAAUGAACAGAUGAUAUCUGCGCCUGUUGAAGAAUAUGGCUUGCAUUUGCAAGGCGUCUUCUCAAUCAUAUUUAAAUCAAGCAGAAUUAGCAAAAAGUAAUUAUUUUUAUUAUCAAAAAUUUGAUAUUGUUGUCUUCUUUUGAAACAAUGUGUAGCCUAUGCUGCAAAAAUAUCUUAACUUUAAAAUUGACACGGUUUACUUAAAACGCUCAAGGUUUUUUGUAGACGUUUCUACAAUUUUUACCAGUAUAUGCACAUAGUAAACCUCCUGCUACCAGCCAGUGUUUUGCGACCGGGUGGACUGCCUAAUGCACUGAUCAUGCAUGCAUUUGCAUCAGUUUUAAUACGAUCAAUUUUUUCCGUUCAUGAAAUUUUAUUUUUUUUAUUUUACAUAGAUUAUAUUUUUGUAUUUGUAACAACAUAUUUGCAUAUCGGGUAAAAUUUUGUGUCCGUGUUUACAUGAAUUUAAAUUCACUUCGCAUUUACAAAUUGUACAUAUUAUAUUAUUUUUUAUUAUAAAGUAGAUUAUUCAGUGCGGAAGAGAAAAAUCUUGAAUGGCUGACGAGACAUACUAUUUCGUCAAAAUUUAAGGUUCUCCUCCUCCUUCGCCUUUCAGCCAUAAUUAUAUAUGUCACCUACCAUUUGUGUUGGCCAAACAUUUUUGUAGUGAGAGAGUACACAUAUCUUUUUCAUCUCUCCAAAAAAUAGUAAGUAACUUUAGUAUAAAAAUUACAUAAUAUGACAUAAAAACAUCAAUUUAAUUUUUUAAGAUGUGUGUUAAAACAACACAUUGUCAAGCCUAUUUUUAUUUUCGGUAGAAAUUAAUUUAUUUACACCUUUUGAUGUAAUGUGAAAUAUAGGUUUAAAAACCAAUCCAAGGUGACAGCUUCUCCUGCCUGAUUUUUACACGUGUAAUUUAGGGAUUUUGAUAAUCUUUGAAGUUGUUUGCCUUUCUGUUAAGCAACCCUUAAGCAAACAACUUUUUCUCUCGAAUUCAAAACAUUCUUUAGCAACUCAAGUACUAUGUCAAAAGUUCAGUUGGUUAUAACAAAAGACACUAAUAAAUACUACGUGUACUAGCAGGAUAGACAUAUAAUUGGACGGGAUGGUAUAUUGGUACACUAACUUUAGAACUCUACGUUCCUGGUUCUUCUUACAUCUCAAUAAAAAAAUUGUCAUUUUAUUUCAACUUGUUUCGUCGGCCAUUACUAUGGAAAUCUCUAAAUCUAUUUGUUUUCAAUAUCUUGGAGAUAGAUAGUAUGCGAACAGGAGAUAAUAUAUAUAUAUUAUGUAUAUAUAUUAUAUAAUAUCUUACGUGAAAAACGUUCGCUCGUAAACAAUUUUUUGUGAGAUUAGGCGUAUUCGUAUGUGGAAAUAUAGUACGAUUUUGUACAAUAAAGAAUUUAUUUUUCGAACGCACUCUUGUAUAUGUAAUAAAAAUGUUAGAUUUUAGUUUUAUAUUAUCACUUUGUACAUAAAACAAUUUCUGAACAACGCUCUAUAUUUGAGUUUUAUUUUA